ACAACAUCACGGCGGUUAAUCAAAACAGCGAGCAGAUCACGAAAGAGAAGAAUGACAGCUAACGGGACCUCCAGCGCAGCUGAAUCAACAAAGCUAUUCAAAGAGUCUCUGAGUAACGUUGUCUCUGUGUUGAAAGACGCUGAUAAGCGCGGUGUGCUGAUGUCUCCGAUUCCCGAGCACUUUCUGGAGCCAGACCCGCUGUUGAUAUACAGAACGUAUCUGACGCUCAGCAACAAGGACAAGGCCAAAACAACGACGAUCUUGAACAAGUUUGAGAAGGGGUUCUACAUUAGUGCGUAUGGGUUUUAUCACGACAUCAAGCUGUGCAGCUCGAUACUGAUCAACACGCUGGAGCUCGGGUCAAGACACUACGUUGAUGUUGAUAGAUUUUACAAGCUGUCCACAGAGCUCUUUCUGAGAGAGUGCUACAGACUGCACAUCAACAUCAAAGAGAUGAGUGAGAAACGCGAAUCGAUAACCAGCAGUUAUGAGGAAGAAAGCCAGUUUGAAGAGAUGCUGAACAACGACUUUGAUGCCAUCUGUACAUCGUACACCUUGGGACACGGCGAACUGUAUGUGACCACAACGCAAAACAACGUGCCAUUAUUCACAUCUAUGAACAGCCGUUCUGCACUCGAUGAAAGGGAAGCUAUUGUGCCAGACAAUGUUAGCUCUUCAAAAGUUAUUCCAACAACGUUAUCGGCACAGUCGAUACCAUUGGGAGCCAUAUCACCCCAGGUGACACGCUUACCGCAGAUGCCACAACAGCAGUCGACAGAGAUAUUGAGCCGGUUUUUACAUCCAAACUGGUACUCACUGCCUACAGCCAAAUGGCUGGCUUUGAGCGAUCUGCAAACAUUUGCACCAGUGGUUGAUGAACAGACCAUUGUUGUCUCUUCGCAGGACAAGGGGAAAUUAUGGCUUGAGCACAUUGGCUAUAAACAACUACAAAGAUGGAACCAGGAACCUUAUAACGCUGCACAGGCAUUGAAUGGCGAAGACGAUGAUGAUAUGAAGGAGGAUGUUGAUGAGGAUGAGAAGGAACCGAACGGAGAUACGGCAGUGGUGAAGGAUGAUGUGAACAUGACCCAGGAGAUUGAGGUUCCUGGACCUGUAGAGUUAACUAAUGAAGAUCUAUUCAACAUUUAUGAGUGGAAUCCAUCAAACACAUUGGACGAUGAUGUCAUUGAAGCCUUCAACGAAGGUCAAGAACAGGAGCUGUUAUCAAUGAAACUGGCAGAGCUGCAAUCCUUAAGAAAGGAGAGAUUUGAGAAGGCGUUACCACUACCUACACAAAGGGAGACGGGCCUCCAUCACGAGUGUUUUAGACUACUCAACGAGAUUAUGAUCAAGGGAGAUAUAAUGCCAGAUGUAAGACCGUCCAUGCUGUUGCCAACAGAACAGUUCAUCUACAAUGGUACUCUUCCAGUUCCACAGCAAAACCAUCCAAGAAAGAAGUACAAGACGAGAAGAUAA